AAGAUAACAAGAGUGUUAAAAGUUUGAAUCGAUUACGGAUCGGUAGCGGUACACAUACAAGGUAUAGUUGUUGAGUCUGUCAACGUCAUCUUACGAAUGUAUAAAUUAUAAAUCAACCGUUCGAUCCUUUGGUAAAUUUACUUUUUACCAAAGAUAUCUUGGCUGACUGCACGAGAAAAGAAUCCUCGUUCGAAAAUGUUAACGAAUUCGCAGCCUUCGCAAGAUGUCGCAAUCUUACAUCUUUCCACUUUGCCAAGCUGGUUUCCAGUGACGAAAUACUAGGCUCUUUUUCGUAAGCAAUUUGGUGGUCGAAUGAUUACGUAACGCUAUCUAUUCGUAUUCGCAGAAGGUCAAUGACCAGCUACGAGAACGAUACCGAACCGAUACGAACCUAUCCGAUCGAUUAGGGCCUCUCGGAGAUCGAGAAAGGUCGGUUACCUUUCGAAAGCCCACGCAUCAGUUUUCAGAGCAUUGUGCACGAAAAAGAAACUAUAUACUUGUAUGAUAGAUAAAAAAGAAAGAAAAUAAGAGCACUGCAGUCGACUGAAGACUAUAGAGCGUUAGACUCGAUUGAUUCGAGCGUAAAGUAAUGCAAAUGUACAGUCAGGGAUCGUUGGUUCGGCACUUUUAUCAAAUUGCACCGUUUCCUUUGUAUACGCGCAGUUUUGAUAGUUUGAUUAAAAAUGAAAAGCAAGUCAGCUAGUAUCAUAGGAUAUAGUAGGAUCGACAGUAAAAGGUUAAGUAAGAUUCCCUGCUGCUACGAGUCGAACGCGAAAUAUUCAUCGAGGCUUUCUUCCUCUCGACACACGAGUUGCGAAAGCGACCCAUUUGCGACAUUUCGGUAUCGCGGUCCUUCAACGUCCGACAAUGACCGAUUUCGCUCGAGAUCGAUCCGCAUCGCACACUUGCAGCCUCGACCAACUGAAAAGUUAUGGACGAAAAUUCAGAUCGAGGAAGGAUCGUGGACCGAGCAUCGCGAUCGGUUAGGGUCGCGCAGAACCGCACAAGAGUUGGAGUGGCCAAGCAGGAGGAAGAGGAAUUUAGUGCAAAUCGGAAGGAAGGGACGGAUCUGACGUGACGGUGUGGCGUGUAUCAGAGAUCGGAGGAAGGGCAGAGGAUAGUUGGCAGAUCAGAGACGAGAGACGAGAGACGAGAGCCGAGAGAGGAGAUAGGCCAGGGCAGGCGACAAACAAUAGACGACGCAUAACCCGGUGCUCUCGAUGGGGUCGUAGUUGCGCGUAUUUGUAAUGUAUCUGACGAUGAUAGGCCAGCACGGCAGGAAGAGAUCGUCGUAGGGGGAUCGCCAUAGCUAAUCGUACCACCCAAGGUGGCACAGAUUGAGAGCUCCAUCAGCACACAUCCUCUUCUGCCCGGGCAAAUACCAACCAGCGUCAAGCCGGGCCACAUAACGAUCGAGGGAGGAUCAUCUGCGAAUAGGCGGAGGCCAGCACGGUGGACGAUCAGCAGAUCAGCGGAACCAGCGGGAUCAGCGGGAUCAGGCACCGUCGAUCGAACCUCUCGACUUCUCCUCGUUUCGCGCAGCCCUCCCUUUCCCAUCAGGGGCGCGACACGUACCAGCCGCUUCCGGCUAACCGGAAGUGACGCUCUAUGCGAACGGCUGACCACCGUCUUUCCUCGUGAUACCAACACCACGUAAUCGCAGAGCCCACGCACGACACAGCCAUCAUGGAAGUCGCCACCGAACUGUCGCCACUAUCAGGGAGCGAUACACAAAGCAAAAUCACGAAACGAACGUCGUAUUACCCCCAGGAUCCGAACAAGAGGCCAAAGACCAGGCAGGAGAAGGUGCGAGCUUGUCUGAGGCACAACUCUCUGACUAUCCUGACCGUGAGCGGUGUGGUCGGUGGCGUUAUCCUCGGUAUCAUUCUGAGGAAUACGCGGACGCUGGGAUGGACGCCUCGCGAGAUCAUGUACAUCAAUUACAUCGGAGAUUUGUUUCUGAGAAUGCUCAAGAGCUUGAUCCUGCCCUUGAUCAUAUCCAGUUUAGUCUCUGCCAUUGGCUCUCUGGACCUCUCCCUCAGCGGCAGGAUCGGAGCUCGAGCUAUCGUCUAUUACAUGGUAACCACCGUCAGUGCCGUUGUAUUAGGUAUUAUUCUGGUAAUCACCAUCCAACCGGGUGUAGGAAACAACCCACACGUCAAAACGAAAGCACCUACGCAGAAUGUUUCCACCGUCGACACGUUGAUGGACUUGGUUAGGAACAUGUUUCCUCCGAAUCUGGUGGAAGCCUGUAUCUCUCAACACAGAACCGAGAUGCAGAAACCAGAAAACCUUACAUUAGCCGGCAAUCCAGACUACUGGGAGCCAAAACAGAACAGUGUCUCUGGAACCAACAUCAUGGGCCUGGUCGUUUUCGCGACAGCGCUAGGCAUCACUCUAGGCAAAAUGGAAGAACAGGGAAAGCCGCUGCUUUUCUUCUUCGAGUCCCUAUCAGGCGCUAUGAUGUUGAUAACUCAAUGGGUCAUUUGGCUGUCGCCAGUGGGUGUGCUCUUUCUGGUGGCCGCCAAAAUCACCGAGAUGCAGUCCCUGGACGAAGUCGUCGGACAGCUUGGAAUGUACUUUCUGACCGUCUUGUUUGGCCUUUGCAUACACGGUUUUCUAAUUUUGCCCAUGUUGUACUUUAUCAUAACGAAGAGAAAUCCGUACCUGUACAUAUCCAACAUGGCACAGGCGUUGGUAACCGCGUUCGGUACGUCCUCGAGUUCGGCCACACUUCCGAUCGCUAUAAAUUGCUUAGAAGAGGGAAACAACGUCGAUCCUCGGAUCACCAGAUUCGUCUUACCGAUAGGUGCUACCAUUAACAUGGAUGGCACCGCUUUGUACGAAGCCGUGGCUGCGAUUUUCAUCGCCCAAGUACGCCAAGUUAGCCUCAGCUUUGGUCAGCUGGUAGCAGUCAGCAUCACAGCAACUGCUGCAAGUAUCGGAGCAGCUGGAAUCCCGCAAGCAGGUCUGGUGACGAUGGUAAUGGUUCUGGAUACGGUUCGUCUCCCAGCUGACGAUGUUUUCCUGGUGAUCGCUGUCGACUGGUUGCUAGAUCGGUGCAGGACAACGGUGAACGUGGUAGGCGAUUCACUCGGUGCAGGAAUCGUGAAUUAUUUGAGUAGAAACGAGCUGGCUUCGUUGCCUCAUAACGGACAAACUCAAAACGGAGCAGACCAUCACACUACAACGUCUAUAUGAGAUUAGUAUCCGUAUCGAGCAUAACAAAUAACAAUCUCUUUGUUCUUUAACACUUUGCUCGUCGACUACUCGCACAUUCCCAUCAAAUUUCGAGAGAUU